CACGUGGGCCAUUUGUAGGGCCCAAUAGACCUAUCCAAGUUACUCACUGUAGACAGCGCUGGAAAUAAUCAGAUUAAGGCCAAUUAUGCGUGAGAUUAUAAAGGCAAGUGCUGAGAGGCAGAGCAUGCUGUAGACAGAUAUAAAGACAUCUGGCCACUUCCAGAACUCCACAGAGCCCUUCUGUCUCUGCAGCCAACAACUCACAGCGCCUUAUUCCAGUGCAAAAUACCCCCAAACCUUACUGGUGAUUUUUACUUCUGUUCGGUUUAGGUCUGCAGGAGACCCCUCGGCGCUGUCUGGCAGGGAAGCCCCUCGCAGCGCUGGGCAGCGGGCGGCAGCCCGGCGGCGGGGCCAUGUUCUACUUCCACUGCCCCCCGCAGCUGGAGGGUGCGGCCCCCUUCGGAGCUCACUCCGCCGGCGACUUCGACGACGGGUUCCUGCGGAGGAAGCAGCGCCGCAACCGCACCACCUUCACCCUGCAGCAGCUCGAAGCCCUGGAAGCAGUUUUUGCUCAAACCCACUACCCCGAUGUGUUCACAAGGGAAGAGCUGGCGAUGAAAAUCAACCUCACAGAGGCCAGGGUGCAGGUGUGGUUCCAAAAUCGAAGAGCUAAAUGGAGGAAAACAGAGAGGGGGGCAUCCGACCAAGAGGGCUCUAAGGAAGCAAUGGCUGAGGUGGCACCUCCUGUCAGGAAUUUAAAUUCCCCUUCUCCAGCAGAUCAAACCAGGAAUAAAAAAGAGAGUCUGGAGAUCCAGCAGAGCCUGAGCCGAGCAGUCGGUCCCACAGGACCUUUCUUCCCCUCCUGCCUGCCAGGGACUCUUCUCAAUACGGCCACCUACGCACAAGCUUUAUCCCACGUCGCCUCUCUAAAAGAGGGAACCUCUUCCAGGCCCCAGCUAGAAUGCUUACCUCUUCCGUUCCACAAACCUUCAGCCACUGGGAGAUGAAGACCUCAUGUGAAGAAAAAUUGAAGGAACAGAGACUCCUUGCAACAGCCAUGGAGAAUCAUGGCAAGUCUCUCUACCUUUCCCUUUCUGGUUCAAUGGCAAAGACCCAACAGUUAUUUCCAGCUGCUCUCCGGACUGCCUUUCCCAAUGUCCUCCAAAUGCCCCAUCCUGCCAAGAGUCCUGUCAAGUCUGGAAGAAGGAGAUGUCUCUCAGAAAGGGUUGUGUUUGGACUGAGGCUUUCUUGCCACUCCUGCUCACUUCUUCCAUUGCCUGAUCCCUACCCUCUGCCUUGGUAGAGUCAGUAACACACAGAAAGGAUGGGGGGAAGUCAAAGGCACAUAGUACAUGACUAACAGAGGCAACAAGCAGGUGCAGCACUUGACAAACAGAACAACUCUGCAAGGAUCACAAGGCAAAGGCAUGAUGCUUCUCCCAUGACUUGAAGUUAGCACAGACAAGUGACAUUUAAGCAACUGAACCCAAACAGUGCAUUUCUUGGCAUUAAAUGUCUGACUGGAAAAGGCCACUGUCUGUAACUAGGUCAGUCAUUAUACACUGAGAUAUUUAUACAGCUCCCAGUAAUAUGGUACAUGUACACCUCAUGGCUAUUUAUCUGUACAAAUUCUCCUGCUGCAAGCAGGAUUUAUGUCUCAUUUACACAUCAGUAGCAAAGACCCUGCCUCAACCAACUGAUUUGUCCAAGUUCAAUUAAAGCAUCUGUGGUUGGCCAGGGAACCUAAUAUAUGUUUUCUGAAUCCCACAAGAGGAUCUUAACCUUCAGCAGUUAAAGUGAAAAAUGUCUUCACACUGCCCUUCGUGGAGUUUGGUACUUUACCGCAAGACUCUGCAAGAGCAGGGAGGAAGCUUUAUGCUAUAAAACUCUUCAGCUGAGUACAGUGAUGUAGUUUGGUAUUAUAUUAUAUGGCGAAAUCCAUGAAGAUUUGCAGGUGACUGACUUACUGUAAAGCCCUCAGCUUCUCCUCAGGUUCCUGACACCUCUAUCUCUUUCUGAGAUCACGAAGACUCAAACCUUCCUCACCAGUUUGAAGUGAUGACUGACAUUGCAUUUGUACAGCCCCUCCACAGAGCACUGACAGGAUUUUGGCUAAUGAGAUAGGUAUUCACCUCCUUUCAUUUAGUCUCAAGUGUGUCUUAGAGGAUGAAAGCUUGUUUUUACUUUCUGAGCAUAGGAAAGGAGAUUUUUCCAUAUCAGAGGGAGAGUUAGAGUGCUGCAGCACUGCAAUGGCUAGAGACAGGAGAGGACAGGGAGGAAGGGAAUUAGAAACAUGGGCAAGAGAACAAACGCAUUGGCCUGGUUAUCUUGUGAAGGAGUGUGCUGGACAGUCCCAGCCCUACUCAUGAGAAAAUUCUAAUGAUACCAGCAAGUGUGCUAGACACAAGAGGGAACCAGGUGUAUUCUCCUCUGUGACCUACACAAAGAAAUCUGCAGCUUGCAUCCAGCCAUGCUGCACUUCUCUCUCUGGGCUGGGGAACCUGAAACCACCCCUCACUUACGCUGGCCCUCCCCUCAGCCCCAGCACAAUCAUACCAUCUGCACUCACAAGUUUACACUUAGACCAUUAAGCCUCUUGACAAGGAGAGUCUGACCCACACCCACUCACACAGGAUACUCACUCAGGAAAUAAUUCUUGCAGAAAACAAGUAUUAUUCUUUUACUGGUGGUCUCACCUACUCCUUUCUUUUAUAUAUUCUGGUUAUUUGCAGGGUUUAGACAGGGAUUAGGUUACUUUAUUUUCUAUUUUAAAAAAUCAAGCCAUUUGUAGGUUCAAAAUUGUUUCAAGUUCUAAGUGGUUUUAUGACCCACUGAAUUCCACAGGAUUUAGGCACAUGCAAUAGCCUGAAAUACCUGGCCUAUGUUACCAAAGAAACCCUCCAGACAUAUCAGUCUUGACUUUGGAAAGAUGCAGAACUUUCUAAAGAUCUUGUGAGAUACAGAACUUCACAGACUUUUACAAAAUAAAUCUUCAAAUCCAAAACGGACAUCAGGAUUUACUGCCUAAAUAGUUUCAAGAGUUAAUCCAGAACAGUUUCAGGAGUUAAUCUAAAACAAUAUGCAACACAUUGUCCCCAGAGUCCAGUGCAACUAGUAGUACCCCAGAGAAACACACAUUCUGGAAGACACACCCGAACAUACAGCAGGAGAUCAGAGGGGACACAACGAUGCAUUGAGGAGCAUGUCAGCAUGUGGCAGCCCGUGGCAGGCACAGUGCUUGCCAGCUGCACUCUGAGCCUUGCUACCCAUGGCUGGUCUCCCUUGCCGUGCAGCUAAGGCAGUCCAUUUGGAUGACAGGGUGCAAGUCACUGAAUAAACCGUCCAUAAGUGGAUAGCAAGAAUUCAUAUACCCCGUUUUAUUAAUCAUCACACACCCAUGAAGCAAAGGAUGAUGUUCAUAUCCUGUGAGCUGCCUAAGGACACUAAAGCUGAACCCAAAUUUAAUUUUCUUUACUCCAGAUUUCCACCAGAAUGAAUUAAUCAGCUCCAGUGAAUCUUUGCUAGAUUUACAGAAAAUUAAGGCAUGGCCAGGACUUCAUUACUACGAUCUGUUACCAAUAUCCACCAUGAUGGAAAACGGAUCUAGCGAAAGAGAUUUUAGGAAAGACCCUGAAUGUCCAGGCUGUCUGAGCCCUGUCCUAGUAACAUCCCUACAGACAGAAUCAGAGCCCAGGAGCUCAGAUGGUGAACAUCAGGCCAGCAGAUAGGGAUAUGCACCAGAGUAGGGAAGAGAAAGUGGAAGCAUUUGUUUUCAAGGUUUUCCAGCUCAGGCUGCAGGAAAAGCGAGAUUUCUUACUUACGCCUUGCUGCAGCUUUCAAAUGUAGUCAAGAGAGCUCAGCUCUUGAGCAAGACACAUGGCAAGCAGGAAAAUACAUAAUUCUAGAUAGGCCAGAGUGUAUGACUUCAGCACAGAGCCAUCCCUAUGCUUAACAUUUUUGCUGCAAUGACAAACUACCUCAACCAUUUGUGAUGGUAUCAGAGCCAUUCCAGCUGAAGGACAAAAGCUGUGGCCUGCCUUACCUGUGCCUGCCACCUGGAAACUGGCUAUGGGACAGCUAUCCACCUAGGGGAAGACUUUGAGAGGGCAGGAGAGAGCCCACCCACCUGUGCCCCAGGUAUUAUCUCUGAAGGCCACACUAUUUUCCUUCUUCUGAGCAGCAAAAGCCAGCCAAUGGUCUCCUCCUGAAUAAGAUGGAAGCUCCUUCCAGUUCCCUCUUCAAUGUGAAACAGGGUUUCAUUUAUUUUUCCUGGGAAAUGAAGACUCCCUAUUCCUAUUCAGGCAUUGAUUCAUUGCUAUGGUUUAAUGGUGUGUCCCUAAGGUACUCCCUCAUUAUUUUACAGUUAAUGCAUAUACUAAGAUGUUUUUUGUGAUUAUUCUGUAAAUGAUAUACACAAAAGAGAAAAGAAAAAAAAAAAAGAAAAAAAAGGAAACAACAAGAGUUUGAAGCAGAAUCCACCCUUGUUCCCUAAGAAUGAGGCCAAUGGCUGGCUUAAUACAGGGUAGCCCAGGGUAGCCCUCUCACCCCCUCAGCAACCUCAGUGAUGUUGUCAUCACACCUGACAUAUACCUCAACAGAGCAGAAGCCGUCAGAAGGGUGCAGAAUUGUACAAGUGUCUGCAAUGAAGCUGAAAGGCAAACCAAGCCGACGUUAAGGUGCAGCAGCUUAUGUCUGACCCACCUAAUGGUGACAGAGGCGUAUCUGAGACUGAGGACCUGCAGUAGCUGUCAACUGCCAGAUACUGCUGACUGCAUGGUAAGGUGCACCCAAAUGUUAGCCACAAGCACCUCUUUCAGAGACACUCCCCAGACUUGCAGGGAUUUUCAUCUCUAUCCUUUUCAAGUGGAAAGUAUGACUUAGGUGGCCUUUGGGUACCUGGCUCUGUCAUAGCCCUGUCACAGUUCCCAGAACAGCUUCAGACAGUGUGUGUAAGCAACAGGGAAAGCACCCCUGAAACUAUUGCAAUGUAUGUAGGUGAGAAACUGAAAAUAAAUAUGCAUCACUAUUUGACCUGCUUGGCUCAUAGGAAGGUUGGUCUGACUGUUACUAGAUGAUUUAGAUUAAUUAUUACUAGCUAAUGCCUUCGUGUAUAUCAUUAUUCGCAAGCACAGAAGAUGGAUGAUAAGGAAACCCAAGACUAUAAUUAAAUAUCUGUUUUCUAUGCCUGUCCAAAGAGGAUCAUUUGGCCAGGGAAAGGGAGACCUUGCUCCUAGAGCAGGGUUGUGCUCAUGGAUUCAGUACUGCCUCAGUUUCCCUGGGGCUGCCAAGAGACAGGAGUCUUAGCAGCACUCUCUGACCACACAUGCUUAAAAGCCAUAAAAGCCUGGUAAGCAGCAACAUAAUCACAAAUCAACAAGCUGAAUAUGUAUGUGCACACACAUGCAUAUAUGUACCUACUGAUAUGUAUUGGUAGCCACUGACCCACCCAAAAUCUUAUAUGGGCUUUAUCAAAGAGGCAGAAUGUCGUCUCCAAGGGGAAGCUCCCGUACCAGUGCACACACGCACUUGCGCUACGCUCCCCUUCACAACAUAUCUGUCAGCUGGCUCAGACACCGCUGGUCCUAAAACGAGACCCUACCUCAAGUGAUGCAUGCUAGCUCUGAAAGCACUUGCUCACCCACUUGCUUAAGGUGGACAAGGCUGUGUGUGCUCCGGCUCCCUGGCUGCAUGCAAGCUAGCACAGCCAAGCCUACAGCUAAAAAAAUCAUUUGCAGAAUUUCCCUCUGCCAGCAACUUUGUGUGUCUGUGUGUGUAAAAUCAGCUUGACUAAAGAAAUGAAAGACUGAUGCAGAGGAGUGGUAUUUCUCCCAGCCUGGGUCAUAAGGUUUGUUGGCUUUUUUCCUGGUCUUGGAGGGAUUUGCAUUUUCCUUUGCCUUUUGCACAGCUCUAGUAAUGCAAGCACAGACGAGACAAACAUUUCAGAGAAGCAGAUAGGAUUAAGAGGUUACAGAGUGAAAUUUCCAUGUGCUUUUGCUUUGCGUUGCAUGGACACAGUUAUACCUGCAUGCCUCCACUUGGCUGAGACCUUCAAGUACACAGGUGAUUGCCUGUUGCAGUUGUUUUGUUAAGUAACUUGUGAAUAUGCAUGUAAUUUAAAUACCCUUCCAGUGACAUGCACAGGACAUAGAUUUAGGUGUUUUGGGCCCCCAGACACUACGAAUCUUUAAUUGGUUAGUAUUAUCCACAAGUCUUAAUCUCUAAGCAAUUAACUGAGGGCAUUUGCUUUUUACAUGGUCAGUUCUGUGCAGAACUGGAGGAAAAGAGCCAUGGGCUUUGAUUCUGACCAGAAAGCUUAUUUCUCCUUAUCUCUUCUCACUUCUCCUUCCCUCCUGCUUCUCCCCCAGCAACUGCAGGACACCAGCAAGGGACCCUCUAAACAAGAGCUGUUAUAAAGUCAGCUUCAGUCGGCUGCUUUGGCCUGGUGCUAGAUAGUUUGUCCCUGUUCAGAGCUAAUUGGAUUGCCUGUUCACAGACAAUU